AUAACAUGUAAAUUGGUUCUUUGCUAAGGUAUCUAUUAAGCGUAGACAAAACAGCGAUUACUCUCGUGAGUUUAGGUGCCUCUUUAAGCUUGAAUGAUUAAUAGGUCAGUGUUAGGUGGCUUGAAAAAGAUGGUCAGGCACUAUGACUGGACUGAAAAUGAGAGAAAAAGAAGUCAAUGUUCAAAGAAUAAGUUAGAAGGGCCUCCAGAAAGCCUGCAGAACUAUUGGUCAAGACCACUUGUAAAUUUACAGGAAAGACACGAUGGAAAGACACGAUAGGGUGAUCAAUACUUUUGCACAGUACUAUAGGCUUUUGUUAAUUAAUUAACCCUUGUGAUGAACCUUUAUGCAGUGUUUUUUAUUUAUUUAUUUUAUUUAUUUUAGUUAAAGUCUUUUAACAUUUCCUUUUAUCUGUUGGUUUAGUGUUUUGUCUAUUAAGGAUAUGAACUCUGUCAGCAGUAUUGUUAACACCUGCUUCAAAGUCACAGGGGCCAAGCAGAGACAUCUGUGCUCACUCUUUGGAAAAUCAGCCUGCUCUCUCUUCUCCCCUUCUGCCUGUUCAUAUUUACUCUAUCUACCUCUGGAAGGCGGGCAGUAGAGAAAGGUGCAUUUCCAGAAACGAGGUGCUCUACAGCGGCCCCAUUAUCUCUGCUCAAAAUGUACAGCUUCAUGGGAGGGGGCCUGUUCUGUGCCAUAGUGGGUAAUAUCCUGUUAGUGGUCUCCACUGCCACGGACUACUGGAUGCAGUAUCGACUCUCUGGAAAUUAUGCCCACCAGGGUCUCUGGAGGUACUGCAUGUCCAACAAGUGCUACAUGCAGACCGACAGCAUAGCUUACUGGAAUGCCACCAGGGCCUUCAUGAUCCUUUCAGGGAUGUCAUGCUUUGCAGGCAUCAUUGCUGGCAUCAUGUCCUUUGCGCACUUUUCUUCUUUUGAAAGGUUCAACCGCUCCUUUGCUGCAGGAAUCAUGUUUUUUGUCUCAACUUUCUUUGUUCUCCUGGCGAUGGCCAUCUACACUGGGGUGACAAUCAACUUCCUGGGAAAGCGGUUCGGUGACUGGCGCUUCUCUUGGUCGUACAUACUCGGCUGGGUGGCGAUGCUCAUGACCUUCUUUGCAGGUAUUUUCUACAUAUGUGCCUACAGAAUGUGUGAAUGCAGGAGAGGAACCGGACCACGCUAGAGCGAGACAGGCAGCAUGUAUAAGAAAAUAAAGACACGCUGCCUCUUCGAAUACACGAAAGGCAGAACCCAUCAAAGUAGCCUUGACUGAUCUACUGAAGAGAUGACGUCUUAUACCGAUGCUGGAGGUCUUUGAUGGUCUGUUUAGCAUGUUUUUAAAAAGUCACUGCAGUACAGUUCUUUUUUUUAGUCACAGUAACAAUAUAGAGGACAAACAAAACUAAUAAAGCUAUAA